AUGCAAGAUUUCCUGUCUUCAAGUGUGCUGGUUGAUCUCUUCGACACAUUGCUUCAGAACAAAUUAUUUUCUGGUCCCCUUCUAUCCUGGGCUCACAAAGUCAGCCGGGAACACCAUGCUCACACAGUCAAGCAACUUGUUUUACCUGAAAAUGGUUGGCACUUCAGUGCCCUCCAUGCUUCUGCCGAAAAACUGGAAAAUUUUCGGAUUGAAGAUAUGGCUAAGGGCUUAGAGAAGUUGGCACCGGAGCUCUGGCUUCUACUCGAUGCUUUGCUAUGUAAUAAACAUAGUGCUUCCGAGACUCUUCCCGGUUACCAAACCAAUGGAAUAUCUGCAGAAGACACAAUCAACAAUGCAGAUGAAGUUCCAGUCCAUAUAAGCUGCGGCAUUAUGAUGCAGAGCACAAGUCAGAAGUGCAACGCAAUUCAGAGCGUCAUCGGUCUCUUUAUGCAUGCCUGCAACACGCCAUCGAAGGUUAUACAAAGUCUGGCUCACAUGGGGAUAUCUAUCUCCGUGGACGCCAUACAAGAUGCUGUUAAGUCUCUCGACCGUGAAUCCUGUCGCAAGCGGCGAGCUCUGGGACAGACGCGCCUGGCUAGUUAUGCAUAUGAUAACUUCGACAUUAACUUUACUACGUCUGCGCCAACCGUCGAAAAGUCUGGUGACACACUGACACAUCUGACAUCUGGAGAUAUCAUCCGUCUCGAACAUGGUGUCACGUUAGAGGAUCUACGAUGUUCAGACUUGCUCUGGCAGAGGUCACACCUCAAUAUCCAUGCUGAUCCCAAGAACCUACCACGACAAUACAUACGGGGCAAUAUGGAUGCCAUCAUCAACCUACUGCAACAAGGCGGGGUCGGUAUGCCAUCAGAGCAGUGCAGCGAAGAUAAGAUGGAUGUUGACUCGGACUCCGGCAAUGAAUGGACCGGUGACAUUGAAGACAUUGCCGAGUUCGUUGUCUUGAUGCAUGGAGACCUGGGGACGGCUGAACGUGUUCGGUCAAUACUCGAACGAAGAGCACCAGAGAAGACAAGGUGGAACCGUUACCAGUUUGUUGUCUUCAUUAUGGGACUAUUCCAUCUCAAAAUGGCGUGUGCAGACGCACUGUGGCGACUCCUGCUCGAGAAGCAGAAGGCGCGCCUCGAUGCGAACAGCUUAAUGAAGUUAGCUGCUGUCUAUCGUUCUAAGGAGACCGGGAAGCUGGGCAGCAGCCCGGGUUUCCGACGUAUCCAUGAGGUUAUCCGGGAGGUUGGGACAGCUAUGCGGCUGGACUGCUGGCGAGUACAAGCUGGGAAGGAAAACAUUGAGUGGACGACCUUGGAAGAGUUCGCAAAGUCGAAGCCACAGUACUCGCAAAUCGAAGAGAUGUCGUAUCGUAUCAUGGCUGGUGACUACGUAGCGCCCGGUGAUCUAUAUUCCACCAAGUCGCGCCCGCUGUCAGAGCGCGAUAAGCAGAAGGAAAAUAUGAUGCUCACCCACAAAUACUUCCUGCUAUAUGAGCAAACCUCUUUCGCAAUGAACGAGGGUGAUAUCGGUCGGGUUGAAACAUUGUUCCCGCGAUGGAUGCGGGUCUUCCGUGCAACGGGCAAACACAAAUAUGCCGCCGCGAUGGAGCGUUUCCUGACAGACGUUCACUUUGUCUAUCCGGAGGGACUACGACGUGCCAUUCGGUAUAAUAUCCUUGUGAAUCCUACAGGAAAGGAGGGUCAGUUCCGGGGGGUUGAUUGGGUCGUGGAGCUCGACAACCUGUAUACAAAGUUUAUCUAUGGAGGCGGGGGGUCAAACUACACUAAGGACAGGGUCAUCACGGAAUCCACCUUAAUCGACGUUUACCGAGGCUGCAUAGAGAAUAUGGAAGAAAACCUUCAUUUGACAGACCUGACAAGCCGCCAUGGGCCGCCGGACCUGGCUGCAACAUAUGCAGCUCUAGUGAGAUACAUGAAGGCAGAAGCAACAAACGAAUACAGGCCAGGGCGUGGAAGCGCAUACGAAAUUCCAAACGUUUUCGACUCGGGAUAUGACUUCUACACCGGGGAAUCAAAUGCACCUGAAGAGGGCGAUACUGCGGAUGUCAGCGAGCCGGCACCAGAGGAUUUAGGUGUCGAGGAUAUGUAA